CUCUGGAUCUUCCAAACCGGCCUCGAACAAAGUCUUCCCCGCGUUUCUCGAACUCGGGAAACGGCUCCAAAUCGAAUCCUACAAAUCAGUCCCACGAAAUGUUGAACGCUCAAUCAGUACAGAUUGGCUCCCCACCGAAACCGACUAAGCCCACACAGGAGAUGCUCAUGAGUAUGGGUGGCUCAGAGAGUGUCAUCGGGACACCUCCGCGAAUGACUGCUCUCUCUCGCGUCUCAACGCGAUCCGAUCUGAAGAGGACUAAGUCACAAGGUUUGAAAUACGCCAACGCAAGUUCAUCGUUGUUCGCAUGUCACAGAAUCAUUUCUGCAUGUCGAGGCAAAUUGUUUCUCGUGUCUGGUAGACAAAGUUGA